CCGGCCGUCGCAACCCCCACUAAUGGCCAUGGCAGGAGCAGCUCUCCAGCGGAGGAUGGGUUAGGGUUCGACAUGGCGCUCGCCAAGGCCAAGGAGAUCGCUUCCUCCGCCCCGGUCGUCGUCUUCAGCAAGACAUAUUGUGAAUGUUGCAAGCAGGUUAAGCAGUUGCUAACACAAUUAGGAGCAACUUAUAAAGUGAUUGAAUUAGAUGUUGAAAGUGAUGGAACUGCACUACAAUCUGCACUAACAGAAUGGACUGGACAAAGGACAGUUCCAAAUGUUUUUAUUGGUGGAAAACAUCUUGGUGUUUGUGAUGGUACAAAAUCAUUUAUCACAAAGUUGUUCCAGGCCCUUGAAGAUGGUUCAAUUUCAAUAGCCAAUGCAAACUUGGAUGUUAUCAAGAAAUUUGAGUUAUCACUAUCUCCCACAAUAGACACCGUACAGAUGACAGGUUCAUCACCAAAGGAAGAAAUUCAUUCUUCUUCAUCUUCUGAACCAGACAGUGAUACUGAAGACAAAGAAAUUAGUGAUGAUGAUGAUCGUAAUCACAAACAUCGCAGGCGGGAGGUUCGGCCGCAUUCUUUUGACAAUGAUGUUCAUGCACCACCUAUAAGAAGGCCUAACCGAAAGCGAAACAAGCCUUUUGAAAAUGGACAACAGUUUUUGGAAACUGAUUUUCCAUCUAGGUCAGAGAAACGCCGUGCUGGCUUGACGCCACAGACUCGGGCUCUUCCAGAUUCAGGCCCACGUGCUAGAGCGAACCAAUUUCGUUCUGAUAGUGGUUCUCGUUUUGAUUCAUCUGCAUCCGUAGGUCGUCCUUCUAUAGGGAGGGGAAGAGGAAGGAAUACUGUUUCUUGGAGUCAACAUGAUUCAAGAUUCAACCAAUACGACACUCUGGAUUUUGCAUCACAGAUGGGUUCACAAGGACCACCUACACAUUCUAGUCUCUAUGUGGGGACAGGUUUACCAAGCGCUGCAAGUACACAAAAUACAUCUUGGGGUGCCUAUGGCUUUAUUCCUGGAAUGAAUAACAGAAUUUUGGAUACACUUCACCCCCUUGGUUUGCAAGGGACUCUUCAGCCCCCAAUCAGCCCUCUACUAAAUAUUGGCAUGCCACGUCAGCGCUGUAGAGACUUUGAGGAGCGGGGAUUUUGCUUGAGAGGGGAUAUGUGCCCGAUGGAACAUGGUGUAAAUCGAAUUGUUGUUGAAGAUGUCCAGAGUCUGUCUCAAUUCAAUCUUCCUGUCUCAAUUCCAACUUCACAUGCGCUGGGAAUUCAAGCUGGGGCAGGAUCUUUACCUCCUGUUAGUGCAUCUUCAAGCCUCUUGACGAGCAGUAAAGCUGCAUCUACAAAAAAUAACAAAUCUGGAGUAACAGAUGAUGCAUUGAAACUGAAUAAUGGAGUUUCAUCUGCUUCAGGUGUUGCUGAAGCAGAUGUAUAUGAUCCUGAUCAGCCUCUGUGGAACAAUGAACAUCCUGAAACAUCAAGCGCACACUUGAGGCUUCCUACACCAAACAAUGAUGAUGAUGCUUUAUGGGAAGCUGAUUCUUCUGCUCACCAGGGUCUCAGGUUAAUUGAUGGCAUUGAAAGUGAACACACUGGCAGAACCUUUGCAGCCAAUAGUGGCUCUGUUUGGGGACGGAUUGGGCCUGGGAAUAAGGCAGAAACUGGAAGGAAGGCUAACAGUAAUACAAAUGCGACAGUUCAUAUUGGGAAUGAAAUGAAGAUAGAUCACGAGGACGCAAUUGCUGAUAGUCGUGCUGCUACUCAAGGAACACGUGCUGCUGUUAAGGAGAUGGGUCCCAAAGCAACAGCUAUUCAACCUUUACCAAGACUGCGUGCAGAUUCUGGACGUAAUGGUGGUAGAGCAUCUCAGAAAGCAUCUCGUACACUCUAUGUAAAUGGUAUUCCUCAAAAGAGCAACAGAAGGGAGGCUCUUCUUUCACAUUUCCAGAAGUUUGGUGAGGUUAUUGACAUUUAUAUUCCACUGAACAGUGAAAAGGCUUUUGUCCAGUUCUCUAAGAGGGAGGAGGCAGAAGCUGCACUGAAGGCGCCUGAUGCUGUAAUGGGUAACCGUUUUAUAAAACUCUGGUGGGCCAACCGAGAUACAAUUUCUGAUGAGGGAGAUGGCAGUGUCCAUAAUAAGUCUAUGCAAUCUCCUGGUGUGGCGGUUCCUUCUGUUGCACCUCAGUUGUGCAUUGGUGGCAGAGGUAAAGAAAAUCUCCCAUCUACAGCUCCAAAGGGAAUUAGUGUGCUUGGAGCUGAAACAUCUUUGCAUGCUGGGGGACCUCCAAAAAAUGUAUCCGCAAAUGGUCCAAAAGCAGCACCCCCUGUGCAAAAGAAGGUGGAGGGUUUGGAGCUUUUAAAAGAGGAACUUCGUAAAAAGCAGGAAAUUUUGGACAAGAAGCGUGAUGAAUUCCGACGUCGAUUAGAUAAAUUAGAGAAACAAGCAAUUUCAAGUAAAAAGGGGGAAGUAGCUUUUGAACAGGCUGGUAAAAUGUAUAAAAUGGACAUGACUCAUGAAGCAGACAGGAAAGCUGCAACCUCGACACCUACAAACAUUAGUACAGCAGGGGUACAUCAGGAAGCUGAAAAGACAUUGGAAAAGAGAAAUUCUGGAGAGAUUCUUGUCCUAUCCCCUUCAAAAGAAAAUUCAACUACUCUGCAGCAAUCUCCUAGGAAUAUUAAACAGACAUGUUGUCUGCCAGCACCAGUGCUGGAUAGAUUUAAGCUGGAUAAUUCUCCUACUUCAUUUAGAGUUGUCCCUCCUCUGCCUGUUGAGUUUGCAAAUGUUGCUGCUUUGAAGGAUCAUUUUUCCUCAUUUGGUGAUCUCUCUUCUGUUGUGCUCGAAGAGCCGGAAGCUCAUAGCGAGAAUGCAGGCUUAAAUCCAUCUCAUAAUUGCUCUGCAUGUGUAACUUUUACCACCCGUCAUUCUGCCAUGAGAGCAUUUCUUACUGGUAAAUGUUGGCAAGGCCACAGUUUGCAGUUCGUGUGGUUAACAGCCUCUCCCAAUUCCAGCACUGAUCGUAACAUCCAAGAAACUUCAACUCCUCUGAGGGCUUUAGGUGCUGAUGUCCAAGCUGAUGUAGCAACAUCUGCUGAUGUCCAAGCUGAUGUAGCACCAUCUGGGUCAUCUUCGUUGACUGCAGGAAAGUCAACAUGCAAUGCCAUGUCUGAGGUAGCUGCUAUUGGAAAUGGAGUGUCGGUUAUGGAUACUGAAAGCACAAAUUUUCCUCCUGUUAACAUUCCCAAGGCUCUGGCACAGACCUCUGAUUCCAAUACCAUACCAUGUGAGGAGCAUCCCCCAACACCUGACGUUUCCAUGGUUGAAGAUAACAUCAACAUCGGUUUUGCAAAGUGAGGCGCUCUGGAUCAGAUUUUGGUGCUCAGUGAGGCUUCAGCACACGUAAAUAUCCCUUGCUCCCUUGGAGUUCUCGUAUCGAAAAGAAAGUUGUUUUUGUUUUCUUGUUCUUGAGUGGAUAAAGAACUUUGCGACAUCAUUUGCAGCAUUCAAAGAAAAUCCAAUUGCAAAUGUUGUUGGUUGUGGCAGCAGGCUUGAAUACGUAACAUUCCUUUGUUGAAAACACUAUGUUGCAAAGAAAACCAAAAACUGUGAACUAGUCCCUCACCCGGAUUGGCCUUUAGGUUAUUCAUGUUCAUCUUGCUAUCAAUUAGCAUUUUACAUUGAUGUGUAUUAUACUUUAAUCUUGAUUAUAGAAAUUACCAUUGGCAUAUGACUAGUGUCAAGUUUGCAGUA